AUGGGAAGCAUUAAUCUAAAAGACAUGUUUCCUAUAGAAGUCACUACACAUAACUUAUAUUUUCAUGAAGAAGCCUCAAUUUUUUCUAUGGACACUUUCAAUAAUUUUAUAGCUACAGGUGGAGGAGAUGGAAUUGUUAGAUUAUGGCAAAUAAAUGAUACGGAAAUUAAAAAAGAGGGGGAUUUUGUGUACACUACUGCACUAAAUUCUUCUAUUCAGCUAGUUUAUAAGUCAGAUCUUGUCGGUCAUACAAAAGCCGUUAAUUGUGUUCGAUUUUCUUAUUUAGGAAUUUUAGCAUCUUCAUCUGACACGGGUCGUGUUUUAUUGCACUUUAAUGAUAAAACGCACGUGUUAAGAGGAAGUGAUGAAUUAGAUUGUUAUGAAUUAACAUGGGCAAAAGAUACAUUAUAUGUCGGGUUAAGUAAUGGCUUAAUAGAAGAAUAUCAGGUGCUGUAUGAUGACAAUUUUUAUUGUAAGUUAGUUAAAUCUUGUUUCUUGCAUACAGAUAUUAUUCAAGGUCUAGCUUACAACAGUAAACAUUUCCUGUUGUUAUCUGUCAGUAAGGAUCGAACAUUAAAAAUUUCACAGGAUGAUAAGAUGUUAGAUAAAAUUAAUCUCAAUACUAACGGACGAUCUUUUUUUAGGCGUACAUGUUUUAGUAAAUGUAAUAAUAUGUGUUUUAUUACAAAUUAUAAAAAUUCUUCAAUUUUGGUCCUAACCUACCCUUUUACUGAAAAGCAUUGGAUUUAUAAGUUAGGUCCUUUUGAUUCUGAAAUAGUCAAAGUUAUUGAAAAUAAUUUACUGUUAUUUGUACUUUCUAAAACAAGUCUUUAUUUUUAUUAUAACUUUAAUUUACUAGGGUGUAUAGAAAAUAUAUGUUUUAAGAGUGUGACUGAUGCAACUUUAUACAAUAACAUUCUUUUUAUAUCUUCUUUAGAUGGAUUUAUAGCUACAUUUAAGUGGAGAGUGGUGGGAGGAUAA